AUGGACAACCAAAUCACGGAGCAGCGCAGCAGCAGCGAUUCUCAAGACGACCAACAAUCAGAUGAGUCUAUUCAAAGUGUUGUUCCAACCAUUUCAAUAUCUGAUUUAUCUCAUAAUGCACAUUGCAGCAAGGACAUUCCGAAACCUAUGUCAGAAAAUCAUCGAGAAUCGGAAAUUCAAAUCAAAAAAAGGAUGUCUGAGGUACCCCCGCUAGGACAAUUGAAUGGAUCUCAGCGAUUUAAAUUGCAACAGAUCGAGUUGCAUUUAGAUACCCUCAAUCAUACCAAUCAAGAACUUCAUCAAGCACUGGAGAGUUCAAGUCUACCCCCACUCACGUGCGAGGAGUUGAAUGGGUUGGAACGAACUAUCAACGCGGAUUGGAAGGAGAUGCUCGACGUUCAUACGAGUUUAAGCGACGAGUUAAAUCCAACUCAAGAGGACAUCAUCAAGGAGACCUUCCAGAGCGCAACAGUCCUGAAGAGAGAGUGUCUCAGGAUGAUCUUUCGUCUAAAUGGAGAGUUGCAGAGAAAAUCAGCCCAGAGCAACUCAACCACUUCAAGUCAGUUACAUCAAUUAAAGCGCAUCAGCUUACCUCCAUUCGAUGGGAAACACUCAGAAUGGAAACAAUUCAGUGACCUGUUUCAGUCAUUGGUAGGAAAGGAUCAAUCCAUCCCGCCAGUGCAGAAGCUGGUUCGACUGAAAGAAGCCCUGAGGGGAACAGCUGCUAGUCUCAUAUCUACCUUCACAGUUACUGACGAUAAUUACGAGAAAGCUUGGGAGAAGCUCGUGAGGAAGUACGAGGAUCCCAGAUUGAUCACUCAAGCUCUAUUCAAUCGAAUCCUCAAUCUUCCGAAAAUCAGCAAGGCAACUGAGGAGAGCCUCAGCUCCAAUUCAGCAGCCGCUCUGGAGACAAUGGACCAGCUUGUAGCCAUGACUGGUCUAUCCAAGGAGCAGCUUAUCGAACAGAUGAUCGUACAUCUACUCAGGAAGUCGCUGGACACUGAGACAUUAAGAGCCUGGGAGCUGUAUGUGGGCAGCUCUAAGGAUUUCCCUACCUUGCAAGAAGUCACUAGCUUCGUUGACUCUUGCGGUAGAGGUAUCAACGCUGGCUCUAAGCUACAUGCAAACACAGAGAAAAAUCAUCAGAGUACAUCAGCAAUGCAUCAUCGAAAGAAGAGCGCUCUCGUCGUAGCGAGUGCUCAGAAAGAGCCAGGACAAACCCCAAAGGAUUUUUCAAAGGACAACUGUGCCUUCUGCAAGGAGGCACACUUCAUCUCCAGCUGUCCUAAAUUCAUCGAUCUAUCACCUGAGAAGAGGAAUGAGGUGGUGGCCAGCAAAAGGCUGUGUUUCAAUUGUCUUGGACCACAUCUGUUCUCCAAAUGUAAGAGCAGCAAGACUUGUUACACCUGCAAGAGAAGACACCACACCCUCAUUCACGGCGGAAACUCCUACACUGGAAGUGGAGGGGCUGAACGAAGACUUUCCACAGCAGGAGACCAACCAAUCGCCGGACCCUCGCAUAACGGAAUAGCACGAGAAAAUUCAUCAGCAUCAAUCAUCAAUGAGAAGAUCAGUGAGCCAACGGAGAAAAUCAUCGAGGAAGGUAUCAUCAAUCAGGAAAUCAGCCAGCAGAGCAGUCAUCAUUCUUCAGGAGAUCAUCAGCACGUACUGCUUGCAACAGCACAAGCCAAAGCUUAUUCAGCAAAGGGCUAUUCACUCCUAGCAAGGAUACUAAUCGAUCAAGGCUCAGAGCUAUCGUUCGUCUCUGACUCUUUAGUGCAUCAGCUUCAACUUCAACGGAGGUCAUCAUCAAUAGAAAUAGCAGGAAUAGGAGGAAUCAAUUCAGGUCGCACGAGAGGAGUCGUUUCAAUACUUCUCCAGGCAGUUCAUACCACGCAACAAAUUCAAAUCCACGCACAUAUUUUAAAGAAGCUAACCGCAAGACUGCCAUCGUUCUCGUGUUCGACAACCGGGAUCAACCACUUCCGAGGUCUUCAGCUAGCUGAUCCUGGCUAUCUUACACCUGGUCCAAUAGACAUCAUCAUAGGGGCGGACAUCUACGGGCGGAUCAUCGAAAACAGAGUCGUCAAGCCCAAACAAACUCACCUAGUUGGCCAACAAACGAUUUUCGGUUGGAUAAUAACCGGGCCAAUCGAGAAUCAAGGUUGUUCACCGAGAGUAUCCCUAACGGCCGUAAGGAACUCAUCGAACGAACAACUAUUAGAGCUAUUGCAAAAAUUCUGGACCCAGGAGGAGUUACCAUAUAACUCACAUCAAGAGCUAUCACCAGAGGAAAUCGAGUGCGAAGAAUUCUUUAAACGCACACACUUCAGAGAUAUCAAAGGACGGUACAUAGUGAGACUACCCUUAAGGACAUCAGCAAAAGUGCUAGGAGAAUCGAGAUUCAUUGCCUCAAGGCAACUCCAAUCAGUCACAAGGCGCCUCAAAUCAAACGCGGCCUACGCCAAACUCUACACAGAAUUCAUCGAGGAGUACGAGUCACUUGGACACAUGAGGAAAUCAGCGGAGAGCACAGAACCCGCAAUAGCCUAUUAUCUACCGCAUCAUGGGGUUCUGCGCACAGACGCAAUCACAACAAAGUUAAGAGUUGUGUUCAAUGGAUCAAGUCCAAGUUCAUCGGGGUUGUCGCUGAACGACAUCCUCUACCCUGGUGAAAAACUUCAGGUUGACACAAUGAACGUGCUGACCUGGCUUAGAAGACAUCGGUUCACAUUUGGAACGGACAUCGUGAAGAUGUUCAGACAAAUAGCAGUGCAUGAAGACGAUUGGGAUCUACAAAGGAUUCUGUGGCUUAACGAGAAUCAUGAGCUCAUCAUCUAUAGACUUACCACAGUAACCUAUGGACUCAAUUGCUCUCCAUGGCUCUCACUUCGAGUCCUUCAACAAUUAGCCGAAGACGAAGGACAUCGCUAUCCAGCCGCAGUCGAGACUCUCACCAAAGGCCGUUAUGUAGAUGACAUUUACGGCGGAGCAGACACAGUACAUCAGCUUAAAGAAAUCGCUUGGCAGCUACAAGGUCUCUGCGAAGCAGGAGGAUUUCCCCUACAGAAGUGGAGCACCAACUGCCCAACGGCGCUGGAAGAUUUAGGUUUAUCAACUAAUUCAUCACCUAUCCAAUUCGAGGAGUCUAUUACUAAGGUGCUCGGACUGUGCUGGCACCAAUCGAGUGACACAUUUCGUUACAAAUCCAAGGAAUUCACCUCACAGACCUUUACUAAGAGAUCAGUGCUAUCAGAGAUAGCCCAACUAUUCGAUCCAUUAGGAUUUCUAGCUCCAGUCGUCGAGUACGUUCGAAAAUGGAGAAACUUCAGAGAAAAUAUCAAUGAACUAGAGAAGAUAUCUGUACCCAGAUGGCUGAGAAUCUCAUCAAACACAUCUGGCAUCGAGAUUCACGGAUUUGCAGAUGCAUCAACCGUUGCAAUGAGUGCAGUGGUGUAUAUCCGUUGCAAGGAGAUCAACAAACCAGCAUCAGUGACAAUGGUCUGCGCUAAAACAAAGGUGGCGCCUCUCAAACGUAUGACCAUCCCCAGACUCGAGUUAACCGCAGCUGUACUGCUCACUCAGCUAGUGGUCACAACGCAGAAGAUGCUGGAAUUAACAGACGAGAAAAUUCACCUGUGGUCUGAUUCAGCAGUAGCACUGGCUUGGAUCAGGAGCCACUCAUCACGAUGGAAGGACUUCGUUCAAAAUCGAGUAAAUAAAAUUCAGGAGUCACUUCCCACCGCUACCUGGAGGCACAUCAGUGGAAAGGAAAAUCCAGCUGACUGCGCCUCCAGGGGAAUAACAACGAGGGAAUUAUCAGAGCAUAAACUAUGGUGGUCAGGACCCGAGUGGCUAACUCAAGAGAAUGACCACUGGCCAUCAUCACCAAUCGACAUUCCAGAGGAAGCAGCAAUAGAAACAAGAGCAACUCCAGCUCAUCCAGCAACAGCAAUGCAGGUUAAAGAAAUUGCGGCAAUCCUCAAUAAAUACUCAACACUAGAGAAAGUCCUACAAGUAUCAGCCACAAUAAGUAGGGCAAUCAAGAGAUUUAGAAGAGAAGAGGUCCCCCAGUCACCUGUCCUUACAACUCAAGAGCUCAACGAGGCCAGGAUAUUCUGGGUAAAAUUAACACAAACUCAAUAUUUUGCCUCUGCUUACAGGAUACUUGUGAGAGAUCAACAACUGCCAAAAAAUCAUCCAAUGGCUAAGUUGACGCCAAUAAUCAAUGAAGAGGGCAUCAUCAGACUUGGUGGCCGCCUCAAAAACUCUCUAUUAGACCCUGACGAGAUUCAUCCAGUUAUUCUACCUCGUCAGUCUCGCCUCACCACAUUAAUUAUCGAAGAAGCUCAUCGGAGAACCCUGCAUGGCGGCACUCAACUAACACUAGCCUACACCCGCCAGAAAUAUUGGAUCAUCGGAGGACGAGGAACGGUACGCGCGUAUAUUUUACGCUGCGCCAUUUGCACCAGGCACCGAGCAAGAAGGGCGCAGCAACAGAUGGGCCAGCUACCAGCCGUAAGAGUAUCUCCGACGAGAGCGUUUCUCCACACGGGAGUGGACUACGCAGGACCUCUUCCCAUCCUCAAAUGGCGACCCACAAACGCUCAACCCUCACGGGUACAUAUUGCAGUAUUUGUGUGUUUUAGUACAUCAGCAGUCCAUUUGGAGUUGGUUACAAGGGAAACGGUAGAGGGAUUCAUCGGAGCCUAUAAGCGAUUCACCGGAAGGAGAGGUAUCCCAAAGGUCAUGUACAGUGACAACGCAACAACGUUCACCGGAACGUCCAAGGUCCUCACCAGGCUCUACAAUCAGCAGACCGAAGAAAAUCAGCAAAUCCAAGCUGCCCUCGCCACGAAUGGGACCCAGUGGAGCUUUUCACCGCCUAGAGCCCCCCAUUUCGGUGGAAAAUGGGAGGCAGCCGUUAAAUCGACGAAGCAUCACCUAAAGAGAGUCCUCGGGCCAUCGACAUACACCUACGAGGAACUCAAUAGCGUCCUGGUUCAGAUAGAAGCCUGUCUGAACUCCAGGCCAAUCACCCCAAUGUCGGAUGACCCAGAGGACCUACAAGCGCUCACCCCAGGACACUUCCUGAUCGGUGAGCCUCUGCAACUAGUUCCAGAGCCAUCACUAGUCAAUGAGAAUCCUAUCAAGCUGCAGAGAUGGAAUCUAGUCAAGCAGAAGGUUCAACAAUUCUGGGCCAGGUGGUCCAGAGAAUGCCUUCAAAGAUACCAGGCCAUCUACAAGUGGAAUAAACGGAGAGAAAACAUCAAGGUCGGGGACAUGGUUCUCAUGGUAGAUGAGGACUAUCCACCCGCACAAUGGCCAAUAGCAAGAGUUAUAGCUGUUCAUCCAGGAGCUGACAGUUUAACAAGAGUAGCAACUGUCAGAACAUCAAGAGCAGUCGUUCCAACAAAUCAGAACGGCACACCCAUCAUCGAGAGAGUUAGCAGCACGAGUAUGACGUUCAAGAGACCUAUCGCCAAGCUCUGUCUCUUACCGACGGAUCCACCACCAGCAGAAACUCCUCCAGAAGAUGAGCCAGAGCCAGAGCCAGAGUUAAUCGACGAGUAA